AUGCACAUCGACUCACCAAAUUUCUUGGCUGAAUCUAAUAAGCUGCCAAAAACCUAUCUCCAAUCCUUGAACACACAUAGCUCUUCCCUCGCACAAAAUAUUUCACCACCCAUAAACACUGCUAGUUUUGAGUACAAUGAUGAGUUAGAAGCGCCAACUGAUUCCUCCAACUUCAUACCUAUAUCAGUGGAGGAAAAAUAUAGGCUUUAUAAGCCUUGGGAAAAUGCAGUAAUUAUAAAAGUGUAUGGGCGAAAAGUGGAACACCAACUACUGAGGCAGAAGGUGUAUGCGUUGUGGAAACCCACUGAAAACCUUCCUCUAAUUGACCUAGGGUCAGAUUUUUUUCUCUUAAAAUUUCAGAAGGAGGAGAAUAAAGUUCAUGCUUUACGAGGAGGGCCUUGGUUUGUUCUUAAUCAUUUCUUAUCCGUUCGACAAUGGGAGCCUAAAUUUAAAGCUUCAGAAACUCAGCUUACAUCUUCAGCCAUAUGGUUACGAUUGCCGGAAUUACCUACUGAAUUCUAUGAUUAUCAUAUUUUAAAGAAGCUGGGACAGAAAGUUGGCAAAUUUUUAUCAAUGGAUGUUUGUACAUCUAAUACUACUCGAGGCCAAUAUGCUCGUUUAUGUGUUGAAGUUUUGUUGAACCAACCAUUAAAAACUCAUCUAUACAUUGGUGAUCAUAAACAGACAAUUCUAUAUGAGGGACUAAAUUUACUAUGUAUCACAUGCGGAUGUAUGGGCCACAACCAAAGAACAUGCCCCUCCACUGGAAAGAUAACACCUUCAACUGAUAAUGCCAAGCAGGAGCAGAAUAUGAGUGUUACUCGAGCAAAUGCACAAGAAGAAUGGAAGCUAGUCCAAUUUCCUAACAAGUAUGCAAAUAAAAGGCCAUCUCGCAACAGGCAAUUCCAGUCAGAUGAGGUAAGGGAGGGACAACAAGGUAAGCUUACUCCUAAUAACCUUCCUUUUAGACAAUUAGCUAUAAAUAAUGAAGAAACUACUGUUAAGCAUAACUCUAGGUUAAACAACAUGUAUAAACAAGUAUUACCGAAUAAUAAGUUUGCUACCUUAUUGGAAGAAUCGACUAAUGAAAACAAUAUUAUACUACCUAGUACUACAAAUGACAUAAAUAUCUUGGGUCAAAUUUCAAACCCCACUCAAGUACACAAGAGUGGGGUCCAAUCAAAUCAAAUAGUACCCACCACUAUUAUUCCUCAACAUUACCAUACAUUAGGACACGCAACUACUCCUCACAUGCAAACCAAAUCCCAACCAACGACUACACCAUCUGCUACAAACGACCAACAUUCUCCUAUCCUCAAUCCACCUCCUACUUAG